AUGAUGAUUCCAAUAACUCUGAAAGUAUUUUUCGCUGCUCUACUAGUACUAGUAGAAUCGACGCCAACAAAAGACUGCACCAUUACAAGAUUCUCGCAGGUACAAACAGUGAUCAACUCCUGUACUGAUAUUUUGGUGUCGAAUUUGACAGUACCAGCUGGCAUAGUUUUGGAGCUCGAUUUGCAAAAUGGAACCACCAUGACCUUCGAAGGUACUACUCUGUUCGAGCACACACCUUGGUCCGGUCCUUUGAUAAGGGUGAAAGGGGUAGACGUUACCCUACAAGGAGCACCAGGUUCUGUUUUUGAUGGUCAAGGACCCUUGUACUGGGACCAUUUGGGAGAUAAAGGUCCCAAGAAGCCGCAGUUCAUGAAAGUGGAAGUUUUUGGGAAAUCGGUUUUCAGGUGGAUCAAAUUGCUGAACUGCCCCCACCACUGCGUUUAUAUCGGCAAAUCUGAUGGUCUCACUAUCGCCAAUUGGACAAUCGACAACUCAGCAGGAGAUUUGCACAAUUUCAGCGGUCACAACACCGACGGCUUCGACGUUUCGGCUGCUAACAAUCUCAUCAUCGAGAACACAGCCGUGUUGAAUCAAGACGACUGCAUAGCCAUCAGAUACGGCUCCAACAUCCUCGUGAGGAACAUGUACUGUUCAGGAGGACACGGUCUCAGUCUGUCAGUUGGCUUCAACAAGACCUCCUAUCCCGAGAACGUGGUGGAGAACGUCCUCAUAGAGAACAGUCGGCUGGUCAGGUCUGCGAACGCCAUCCACGUCAAGACUCAUACUGAUGGUUACCUGGGUCUCAUCAGGAAUGUCACUUACAGGAACAUCGAAAUGCGAGGAGUCACUAACUAUGGAAUAAACGUUCAACAAGACUAUCGUGAUGGAGGCAGCACCGGGACUCCGAAAGCUAACGUUCUGAUUGACGGUUUGAAUAUGAUCAAUAUUACUGGUUCGGCUCAUAAGGGAUCAAAAGCUAUGGGUGUUUACAUCAUUUGUGGAGACAAUUCAUGCACCAAUUGGAAUUGGGGUGGCAUUUCUAUCGAUGGAGCUAGAAGAAAUGAUUCUUGUAAUUUCUCGCCUACAGGGUAUGAAUGUCAUGAUGUAUAA